CAGUUGAUAGUUCGCUGUGGUGGGAGUAAGUACUUACUUUGGUGCAACAUCAAGCCCAUAAACAGCCAAUAAAAAAAAUGUGCUAGCAUUAGUCCUUUUCAAGUUUAAUCAAGUGCUAGUGAGCCCCGUGAGUGGCGUGUGUGCUGAAGCUGCGAGAACAGGUGUUGACAAUGUUGGUAUCGCGGGUGGUGUUGGUAGUGGCGGUGGUGCCCUACCUGGUAUGGGCACAGCUGGGCGGCCCACCUGAUAACUCUGCCACGGAGAAUUGUGAAUGUUCUCCAGCGUGUGAGAGCGGCGGUGGGUGUCGAGGGCGUCUUGUAGCGAGGGAAGACUGUCCAUGUUGUCGGGUAUGUGCCCACCAGGAGGGGGACUCCUGCUCUCUGCCCUCCAUGCCCUGCGAUGUUGAGUUCGGCCUCGUCUGUUCUUCUGAAGGUGUUUGUAAAGCGGAGUUCUCGUGCACGUACGAUGGUGAGUGUCCCUCUGAUCGCUUCUGCCUGGGCGGGGUGUGUGUGGACCCGUGCCCCAUCUUGACGCCGUGCCACGGGUCACUGCACGGGGGUGUCUGCGUCUCCAAGGACCAUCGGCCUGUAUGUGAGUGCCCACCCGGCACUCUGGCCAACUCCGAGGCCAACGUCUGCAUCCCUUAUAAUGGCACCGUUACAGGAUGUGAGCAUGAGGGACGUCUCUACUCUGAUGGUGAAGUCCGCUACACCGGCAAGUGCCAGGAGCAGUGUCGCUGUGGCCCCGACGGCACUUUCUCAUGUGGUCCUGUCCUUUGUCCUGCUGGGUUAUUCCUAGCUGGCCAACAUUCCCAGCAAGAGUUGUGUAUUGAGUUGCGAAACCGACCAGAGACUGACGAGUGCUGUGUUGUUGUGGCGUGCGCUAACAGCCUAGCGCGGCCUUCCUUGCUCACUGCCCCAGUCUUUACUCGUCCAGGUGUCUCAGAAGACGAGCACCUUGAUGAUCAACAGGUGCAGCAGCUGAGAGGGCGCAUGGUGGGUCCUGAGCCUCUGCCACCAAUCACCGAAGAGGAUUAUCAAAGAAGACUCAAACAGCUCGAAGAAGAAUUGAGCAAGAAAAACGAAAAGAAGAAAAUAACUGAUGUCAAGAGCAUAGAAAAGUCGAAACACUUGAUAAACAAUGAUACCGCUGUUUCUGAUGAUACUAGAAAUGUAACGGUAGUUGAAGUAGUGACAGAAUUAAGUAUAGUUAGACAAGAGGAAAAUGUUACAUCGAGACCUGAGGAAGUUGAAGAAUCAGUUCCUGAGAUUGUGGACGAGGUGACAGAAGCGGAAGGACUUUCCACGAUGAUGCCGAUGACGGAGGACGAUGAGCAGUUGAAGGACGUAGAAGAGCCCGCAGUGGUAGUGGAGUACGACGACUCUGGAGACUUGCUACACCGUAUCACCAUCAAGGAACAUGUGGAGGUGGUCACCCAGUCACACCUUGUGGAAGAUGAGACAGCCACACUACUUCCUCACAUGAUCCAGCACAUAGAGGAGGUCUCACAGCCACAGCCAGUGGAAGAUGAGACAACCACACUACUACCUCUCACACUCCAGAAUGCAGAGGUCUCUCAGCCAUACCUUGUGGAAGACGAGACAACCACACUAUUACCUCACACAAUCCAGCACGUUGAGGUCUCCCAGCCACACUUAGUGGAAGAGGAGACAGCCACAGACCCCACACCACUUCCUCGGGAGGAGGGGGAGGACUUGAGUUUAGCAAGAGAAGGCAAGAAAGUUCCAGAAGACACCAAUGUGACCCAAAUGGAGCAGCCCUCCACGGAGUCCCCAAAGGCAGAGUCCAAGGGCGGGAGUGGAUCGUUGAAGGUGGUGGAAGUGACUCGUAGCUCCGCCACAGUCCUACUUCCCUCCAGCAAGGGCGGCGAGGUCUAUUACAAGGCAGCUGAGAGCUCUGAGUGGCAGAGAGAGGUAGUUGAGGGCGGGCAGGACUCCCUGGUACUCAGGGACCUGCUUCCCAGCACUCAGUACGCUCUCAAGUGGUCUGGCGUCUCAGGAGGCUCAGCUAAAACCACCUUCGAUACUCCAGGAAUUACCCCAGAUUUCCAAACAACAACAACUGCCCCGACAAAUGCAGGCUUGCCCAAGCUCUUAGUAACAGCUAAGACUCAUAACUCUGUCACUCUUGCCUGGGAUGACUUCAGAGCUAGGACCUAUGAAGGUGGAUACGUGGCCGAAUACCGUAAGGAACAUGGCGACUCUUCAACAGCAACAGGCACCACAGUAGAACAGCCAUGGAUGAGGAAAGAAGUACCAGCUGGGGAACUUCCACCCAAACUUACUGUGAAAGGGCUUGAGCCUAACACACUCUAUGAGGUUCGAGUUUCCAUCUAUGAUGAUGUGGAAGAGGGUCGCUUGGGAGAGGCUACUGAGACAAUUAAUGUCAGGACAGAAGCUGGAUGUGUACAUGGCAACUCCUCUUAUCCUGUUGGAGAAUUUUAUAAUGGAUGUGAAGAAAGAUGUAUGUGUGCUGCUUCAGGUUCUGUCCGAUGUUUUGCACGCUGCACUUUGCCAUACUUGAGGGCUGGUUCAUUAAGAGGAGAUCCACAGUGUCAUGAGGAGCCUGAUGAAAGGGACGAAUGUUGUGUCCUCGUCCGUUGUUCCAGCGAUAGGAGAGAAGCCUAUAAUCAGUGCACAAAUGUUGUGUGUGGCCCCAAUGCUGAGUGUAUCUCUGGCAUCAUGGCAUCUAAGGACCUCAGUCUUAGUGAUGUUGAUAGUGACUUGACACUUGGAUACUGCCGUUGCCUUGUUGGUUUCACUGGUGAUGCUUCUGACUUAGUUACUGGAUGUUUGCCUGAUCCCUCUGCUGGACACAAGGAGAGAAGCUGCACCUUCAAGAACAGCACUUAUGGACCAGGUGAUGUUUUCUAUGAUGAGUGUGAAUUUCGCUGCUCUUGCAACAACAACAGUGAGAUAGAAUGUCAGCCACGGUGUGAGUUUCCACGUGAGAAUGUCUCAAAGCCAGAGUCUGGAUGCAAGUAUCUUCCAGACCCAGAAGAUCCCUGCUGUAAACUGCGUACUUGUAAUUCAACUUCUGAUGCUGCCAUUGAUGCCACUCGGAAUCCAUCAUUAUCCUCUGAUGGCUGUACAGAUGGCAAUGUUACCUAUGCCAAAAAUGAGAAAUUUUACAAAGGUUGUGAAACUCAGUGCAUAUGUAUGGGAUUUGGCGAUGUCUCAUGCUUCCCAAGGUGUCCUCCCUUGAAGGUUGUAUCUGCAACUCCUAAGCGUUGUGAAACUCUCCCUGACCCACUGGAUUCCUGCUGUUCCAUCACUGUGUGCGAUGAGGAAACUCCUGAUGUCAUGAAGGCUAAUAUCACAGAAUUAGAAAAAGAAAUAAUGAAGAACAUGACUGAAAUAGAAAAGGAUAUGAUGAUGAAGGAAAUGAUGAAUAUGACAGAUGCAGAGAAGAUGAUGAUGAUGAAAGGCAUAAUGAAUAUUACAGAAGAGAAGGAGGUCAUGAUGAAAAAUAUAACUGAUAUGCAGGAAAUGUCAAGUGUGAUGGAUACACUGACAGUUGAAGAUGAUACACCAACUACUUCAGUGCCUGAGGAUGAAAUGCUUUUACAAAUUCACUUCCCUCAUAACAUGAAUGAAACCAAUACCAACGAGCACACCCAUGAGGAUGGGACAACACACAGUCACCCCCACGAACAUCAUAAAGAGGGAACCAGCAAUCACACCCAUUCUCAUCAGAAUGAAGAAGUUCUUAACAAAACCAAAGGACAAGACAUUAUUGAAGACCAAAUUUUCCAGCAUGAUAUUUUCAAUGGAACACACAACCAUACUCAUUCUCAUGAAAAUGGUGUGACUCAUAUUCACCCACAUGAACACAAUAUGGAUAAUUUCCAUGAUCACUCACAUGACAUGAAUAAUUGGCAUAAUAAUGAACAUGAACAUGAAGAUGGUGUAACACACAGCCAUCCUCUUAGUCAUGGCAUAGAUAACCCUCAUGAUAAUAGCACAAAUAUCACCCAACUUCAUGAACACACACAUGAAGAUGGAACAACACACAGCCAUGCUCUUAAUCAUAUUAUGAAUCACUCUCAUGAUAACAGUACAAAUAAUACACACAUGAAUGACCACACUCACGAAGAUAGUAUGAUAAACAGCGAUUCUCUCGAUGACAUGAAUGAAACUGACAUUCGUGAACUUACUAUGAAUAAAAGCCAUAAUCAUACUCACAUGCAUGAGGAAGGUGUAAUCCAUAUUCACCCUCAUGACCAAGAAGUAGGUGAAGAGCAUAACCACACUCUUGACAGUGGUAUGGAUGAAGUUCAGAACAACACUCAGACAACUGAAGAUAAUGUAACUCAUAGUCCUCACAUGAAUGAUGAUGGAAUGCUUGAUUUACAUAACAAUACGCACUUCGGUGUACUUAAGAAGAAAAACAGGGCUGAAGAUCUUGGGACACAUGACCUAAAUAUCUUGGAAGUGAUGGCCAUUAAUGCUACUACAGUCAUGAUUAAAGUAGCAGUGUCAGACUCUGUUAUGAAUCAAGUCCAUUCAUCUGAAAGCCAGCAUUUCAUGAUACUCUACAGUCCAGACUCCCUCACAUGGUCAGAGAGAAAUAUCUCUGUAAGUGAUGCAAAACUGGAGAAAUCUAAUGAAAUUAUCUUAUACCUCAAUGACCUCCAGCCGUCUACACCCUACCAGUUCCGUGUUGCAUUCCAAGACUUCGUCAGUUCCACUUCAAAGGCAAGGUUAAUGGAUGGUGCUGCAGAGUUAGGUAAAGCUGAAUUGGCUCCUUCCCAUGUGGGAUGCCUUCCUGGUAUGCAGUUCAUGGAAGAAAUAGAAUGUGGACGUCACUGUACCUGUCAAGCUGAUGGUCAAGCAAUCUGCAAGCCUCGAUGUCCUGAUGUUGAAAUACCACCACACUUCAACACCAGUUGUAUGCUUGUUCCCAGCCCUGAUGACCCUUGCUGUACUGUGCCAGAUUGCCAUUUUAAUUCAUUCAACCACAAUAUAUUACACAAAUUUGGAGAUGUUACAGAUAAUCCUCCAGUAGAAUUUGGUCACAGUGCUUUGAGCAACACAAAGCAAAAAAAUACAAAUGAGCAUGAAAAUGUACUGAUAAUGAACAAGCCCUUUGACAGAAACCAGGAAUUUGAUAAUGUAUCUUCUUUAAACCCACCUGAUGUUGUGGAUGUUAGGUCUUCCACUGAAUCCCAUCCAAAGCAUACUACUGUUACAGAGAAUUCUCAUCUAGUGAGGAAUACACUUAUUCCAGAAGACCAAGCAGCAUCUGAUAGAUCAUGGAAGCCGUUCAUCUCUCUAAAUGAUUUACUCAACAAGCAUAAUCAGCUUGGAAAUAUUCCUCAGGAUACUUCAACUGGAGUACCUCCUAGGCAAGUUGAGAACUCGGAAGUAAGUAUUGGUAUGACAAAAGAAACUUCACCAAAUUUGCCUAGCAACCUAAAUCAACUCAUCACUCCACAACGCAAUAGUUCAGUAAUGACUGUGGAGGAUCAGAAAGACAUUGAAAUAAAUGAUAGUUCAAGAGAAAUACCUGCUUCUCUUCACUCUAGCUUUGGAAAAGAAUUUGGAUCUCUUUCAGACACCAAGGAUCAUGAAACUUCACAUGUACUUGAUGGCAAUAUAGAAGAUACUUCAGGGAUUUCAUUUUUACUGCCCAUUAAAAAUGAUACACAUUUACCCAAUUAUGUUGAAGAAGAUGGUACUCCAUUAUCCUUACUCACAAGUAUCAAGGAGAAUGAAGUUGGUUCAUCUCCAGACAAAGAUAAAAUCUCACAUUCUGCAGCAAUUGGUGAGCAUCAGUUAGUUUUGUCCCUUUCAAAUCAUUCUGUGGAUUCUGGUAAUGACAGUAUUGCUGAAAUUCUGGCUUCAGAAAUUUCACCAAGUAGUAUUAUCAUAUUAAAUGCUUCAGAUCACUUCUCCAAUGAGCAUCACAGAAACACUGAUAACUUAUCCACUGAUUAUGAAACUACUUCAUAUCUACCUAUUGAGGAUAGAGAAGGGUCACUGUUACCAAAUGAACAUAGAGGAAGUCUAUCUGUUUCACAUGAACAUCAUGCCCAUUUAUCUCAUGAAAAUAAAGAAAAUUCACAUGUACCCAAGGAUAAUAAAGAGAACCGAUUCCUUCACAAUGAACACAUUUUAGACUCUGAUCUCACAAAUGAACAUAUUGAUAAUUCUCAUGUCUCUAAGGAAAAUAGAGGUAACACUAAUCAGUCAAAGGAAAGAUUAAUUUUUAAUUUAUCCUCUAUCACUGAAGACCUUUCUCCUCUACCAACCAGUGAAGAACCUCCUAUUACUCCUGAAGAUGUUUUUGCUCCUGUCAUCAACGAGACCAACAUUGAGGGUCAUAUUAAAGAUGGCACAGAUGGUGUGGGCAUUGAUAAAUCAGCGAUGUGCUCUCGCAAUGGACGCUAUUACAAGGCAGGGGAAGACUUCUAUGAAGGAUGUUCUCAUUCUUGCCUGUGCACGGAAAAGCUGGAAGUUCACUGUGCUGCCAUCGAGUGCCCAGUUACUUUUGGCCUGGAGCUUAUUGAUCCUAACUGUCUUGAGUGGGAUCAUGAUCCUGAUUAUGUUCCUACACCACCGAAGUGCUGUGCACAGGUGAAAUGCAUCUCAUCCUCAGCAUGUCAGUACAUGGGUCAGACAUUCAAUAAUUAUGAUCAGAUUCCAAGAGAAUUGACGGGCUGCUCCCAAGUGUGUACAUGCAAUUAUGGCAAUGUAACAUGUCAUGACCUUUGUGAUCCUGUGCCCAUUGCCCCACCACCAGAGCUUAACUGUGAACCCCAAAAUGCUGUCCUCAUUACCCUUCCUGGAGAGACUUGCUGUAGAUCAUGGCAGUGCACUGCCCAUUCUGAUAUUGCAGAAGUGAAUGAUACCACAGAAACAACACAUUUUGAUGAUAUCACAAAUACUCCAGAAGUCUCAGACUUCUCUGUGACAUGGAGCACAGCAUCAGAUGACACCACCAUAAGCACAACAGAGAUUACUACAACAGGUACUGAAGAUUUUACACUGCACGAUCACACUUAUAAACCAGAGUUUGAGUUCUUGGGUACAACGGAGAGGGUAGAGACAACGCAGUUUCCAGGUGAUUCUAAAGGUGCCCCUGCGAUCUUUCCUCUGCCGCCUGUGUCUGUAUUGAGUGGCAAGCCUACUUCUUCUGGCUUUGUCCCCAUUGUUCCUCCUGCAGCCCCUAGCUUUGGUACAGGUGGCAUCAGUGAGCCUCAUACCACCUCACUGGACCCAAGAACUGUUCACUUCUUCUUCUCGACCCCUUCACUUUACCAAGGCCUUCCUGGCGAAUUGCUCAUUAGGUUUACGUCUGACCCAACGGACAACUCUGAUCCUAGCACAUGGUCCCAAGAAGUGUUGGUACCUAUGGGCUCUAUUAUCAGUCAGUCUGAAUGGGAUCACAUCCUGACAGGUCUACAGCCUUCUACCGAAUAUGCUAUGCAAAUCGUUCUCACUGUACAGGGCACUAAGCCUAUCGCCUCACCAGUGUUUACUUACACCACCAGUGAUGAAGCUACAACGCCGCCAACCACCACACCUCUGCCUCGUCUAGAUAUAAAUGCUGAGCUGUAUGCAUCUGCGAUUACAAAGACUACAGCAAAAGUGUCUUGGAGAGGCUUCAAUGACUAUGAAUUGCAGUUUAUUGAUGGUGUACAAGUUAAAUACACUGAAAAGGAUAAAUAUAUCCCCAAGUUCAGUCAGUUGUUCCAUCGUGAUAAUAACCAGAUGGACCUUCGUGAUUUACAGCCAGGGCAUUCUUAUACUGUGGACUUAGUUUUCAUCACUCAUGAGAAUCAAACGACUCAAGUCUCUAACACAAAACCCAUAACCUUUACAACACUUCCUGAAGAAGAUCCUUAUGCAUUUGAGAUUGAAGUGACUGCUGGCAAAGUAGGAUCCCAAACUGCAGAACUGUUUUAUUCUGGAGUGCCUGAGCCUGAAGAGAAAUACGUUAGUGUUUAUCGUGCUGUCUACUUACGUGAGGAUGAACGAGUAGAUGCUGACACUUUCAAGGUUCCUAAGUCUGGUCUGGAAAGGAAGAUUUUCUUAAGUGAACUGAAGCCAGAUGUGGAAUAUCAAGUAUGGUUAGAAGCCUUCCUGUCCAAUGGCCGCAAGAAGAAGAGUAAUGUCCUCACCAUCACUACUCGAGCUGGUGAACUUCCUAAACCUGAGAGAAGUGAAGUUGAUCCCUCAGCUAAGGAUUCAGAAGAUGGUGAAGGUUACUACCCAGCGUUAGUUGCCGUGGCAAUCAUUGCAGCUCUUGCCUGUUUGGGCUUCCUUGCUCUCCUUGUCAUCCUCCUUAGAAAACAGAGCCAUGCAAAAGCCCACAUUAAUUCCUCUAGAAACAACGGCGCGUAUGACAACCCGUCAUACAAGGUAGGCGACAAUACAUAUGAUAUGGAAAUGAAUGGAAUCAAAGGAAGUGGGAACGGUGCCACACAUUCCGAGGAACCUUAGUCCAUGCUCACAAUUAGGCCAAGCUUUUCAUCUAUAACUUGUUUUCAUUUGUCUUCCCCUUCUCAGUUUGUAUGUUUGUGAUGUCUCAUUUUAGAGAAUAAUAUUGUUUUUAUAUCCUUUAUCAAGUGCUGAUAUCCAGCAAUAGUGUAAAAAAUGCUUCCUUCAAUAUUACAAAUGUAAAUAUUUGCAUAAAAUAAGCCCAAUAACUGUACAAUUGUUAAAAGUUGAGACCUGAGCAGUCAUAAUGUUUUGAUUAGCUUCUUUGUUUUAACUAAUUAACUUUAUUAGAAAGUUUACAAACAGUGCUGGAUAAUAUACUACUCAGGUGUUCAAUAUUACUUGCAAUGGUUACCAGUAUGGGUUUUAGUGUAACAUACGCCAGUCUCAACUUUCUACAUUUCUUCUCAUUCUGUCCCUUAAUGUUAUGGUGUUAUAAUAACCAAGUUAUAGCUUAAUACUAACUUCUGCUUCAGUCAGUUAUCUUUGUGUAUUUAUAGGUAUUUAUAGUCUCCCCCUCAGAAUAGAUACGUGAUGCAGAGGACGAAACUGGUGCUCUGUGCCUAAUUUGGUUGUGCCUUUUGAAGCAAGUGUUGUACUUAAUUGUGCCAUUAUUGUACUCUAGCACAGAUGGAAAUUGUACAAUGGGAAAUUAUACUACUGUACAGUGUUCAAAAAAAAAAAAAAAAAAGGAAUUGGUAAUGUCCAUAUCCUCUGUGUGUUAUUGGAGAUUUGCAGUACUUUGAACCCAAGAGCAAAUAAGUUAUGUACGUGCAAUGAUGACUUGCAAAUGUCCAUACUACAAAGUUCUGUACUCCUCCAGAGUUAAAAAUGUGUAGUCAAGCAUGCAUCUUGAGUUUUCCUAAAAAGAAAAAGAAUCAGUAUCUUCUGAAGCUUAACUAAAAUAGGGGUUUUGAAAGGUCAUAAAUAACUUUUUUACAAAAACUGAUAUAAAGUUUUGAAUAAGUUUUGGAAUUCUUAGGUGCUGCAAUAUGUAACAUUAGCUCUGGUGGAUUGAUUCCUAUAGUACUGUACUGUGAAAAAACUACUGAGUAUGUGAUAAGAUACUUGAUGUUUCCUUACAUAGUCUAAGUGGUAUCACUUAAGCAAUAUGAAACAUUUGUGAUUUGCAUUUUUAUACUUUGUUUUGUAACAUCUAUUCUUCAUAAUACAAGUUAUUCACUUUUUGCCACAGCUGAUAAGAUUUCUAAAUAUGACUGUUAAUUAGUUGGAUAAUAACUAUAAUGUCUAUAAGUAUUGCUGUGUAGAGUAUUGAGAGUACAUGUACUGUACAUAUUACUACUGUACUGUAGUACCUUGUGUCACAAAUCACUCAUUUAAGCAUUUGCCUAAAUUAAAAUUUAGGGGAAUUAUUGUACAGUUUAGAAACAAAUUUGUGUAUUUUGAUUACCUCUACAGUAUAUUGCUUUUGUUUUUAUUAUAAAUUUUUAUAUAUUUCCGAAUUGUAAAUUAUUGCUUGUUUGAAUGGUGAAAUUCCAAUCAAUUCAGGCUGACAUGUUAACAUUGGUGUAGCCUGCGUGUACAGAUAUAGUUGUAAAAAUCCUGUGCAGACAUGCACAUUAAACUACUCCCAAGAA